ACAGCGUCUUAAACGGGAGAAAAGGGCGUCUCGGCUGGUCGCAUGCGCUAUUCACCGCGAGCUCGCGGGCAGCCGUUUUUUUCUCUGUCACUCAUCUAGGAGGCAUGAUGGGGGUGGAAGGGUUCGAUAGCAGAAUGCUAUUGGCUGGGAUGGUUUAGAGUGAAGUGGGGUGCCCCUCCUCUUUUCUGGGAUUUUGGGGUGCUGCCUUAAAGCGUUGGGAAAGGCCGUUACCCCCCAGUAUAGCGCAGGAGCCGAAAGGUUUCGGAGAGGGAAGUGCUGAGUGCGAGGAGGUCUGCGAGCUGUCCAGGGUGGCUGAAGUGAGCCGAGGGAAGAGUGGGAACCGUCCCUUUUCGGGGGCGCAGCCGCAACUGAAAUACAGCUUACGGAGCCACAGAAACAGACCGUCAUCUUAUUUCUGAAUACUUAAGUGGUGUCUGACAAGGAUCUCUUUUUUUAUUGUUAAUAAAGAAGACUACUGGAAACAAGAACAUACAAUUUAUUAAGUCCAAUUUGUGAAUACACUAAUUGGGAUAUUGUUGUAAACCACUUCUUCGUAACCUACUGGUUCUCCUGCAUGCAACAUAGCUCUUUCUCCCCUACUCAUCAUGGAACUGAAUGGAAGAAAAUGUUUUGUUAAACAUGUGUGAAGGCCAUUCAUUUCAUGUUCGUUACAGAAUGGAAGAUUCUUGCCUGAAGCUUGCUUUAGAAGGGGAGCGGUUGUGUAAAGCAGGAGACUGCCGAGCUGGUGUAUCUUUCUUUGAAUCAGCAGUUCAGGUUGGAACAGAAGACUUAAAAACCCUCAGUGCGAUUUAUAGCCAGUUGGGGAAUGCCUAUUUUUACUUGCAUGAGUAUAACAAGGCUUUGGAGUAUCACCACCAUGAUCUAACCCUUGCAAGAACCAUUGGGGACCAGUCAGGGGAAGCUAAAGCGAGUGGCAACUUGGGAAAUACCUUAAAGGUUCUUGGAAAUUAUGAAGAAGCAAUUGUCUGCUGUCAGAGGCACCUUGCCAUUUCUAGAGAUCUAAGUGACAAGGUUGGAGAAGCAAGAGCACUUUAUAACCUUGGAAAUGUAUAUCACUCCCAGGGUAAAAGUGUAACUUCUGCAGGUACCCAUGAUCCAGGGGAGUUUCCAGAUGAUGUUAAAGCUGCAUUGCGGAAGGCUGCAGACUAUUAUGAGGAGAACUUGACAAUAGUGACAGAGCUGGGUGAUAGAGCAGCCCAAGGACGUGCCUAUGGAAACCUGGGGAAUACUCAUUAUCUUCUGGGCAACUUCAGGAAUGCUGUUAUUGCCCAUGAACAGCGCCUUUUAAUUGCAAAAGAAUUUGGAGAUAGAGCUGCGGAAAGAAGAGCCUACAAUAAUCUUGGAAAUGCUUAUAUCUUCCUUGGGGACUUUGAAACUGCUGCUGAAUACUACAAGAAAACAUUGCAGCUUGCCAGGCAGCUUACAGACAGGGCUGUAGAAGCACAAGCUUGUUACAGUCUUGGAAAUACAUAUACUUUACUUCAGGACUAUGAAAAGGCGAUAGAUUAUCAUCUGAAGCACUUGGCAAUUGCUGAAGAACUGAAUGAUAGAAUUGGUGAAGGAAGAGCAUGCUGGAGUUUAGGGAAUGCAUACACUGCACUGGGGAACCAUAAACAUGCUGUGCACUAUGCAGAAAAACAUUUAGACAUUUCCAGAGAGGUGGGAGAUAAAACUGCAGAACUAACAGCUAAACGUAACCUCUCAGAUCUACAAAUGGUGCUUGGUCUAAGUUUCAGUACAAACAGCUCGAUAAUGACAGAAAAUCAUGCUAUAGAUAAUAGCAUGAAUAGCACAAAACCCCGGGUAGGACGUCGCCAUAGUAUGGAAAACAUGGAACUUAUGAAGCUAACCCCUGAAAAGGUUCAGGACUGGAACAGUGAAAUUCUGGCCAAACAGAAACCACUAGUUUCAAAACCUUCAGCAAAACUACACUUUGUAAAUCGAUUAAAAGGCAAAAAAUACAAAAACAUCACAUCUUCCAAAGUUCUUCAAGAUGCUAGUAAUUCUAUUGACCAUCGAUUAAGUUCACAGAAGAAGAACAGUCCUGACGUGCCUGGAGAUGAAGGGUUCUUUGACUUGCUAAGCCGAUUUCAGAGCAACAGAAUGGAUGAUCAGCGGUAUUGUUUCCAGGAUAGGAACAGACUGACAGUGGCAGCAUCUUCCACACCAUUGAGAACAAUGAAAAAAUCCUUUUCUACUUCUAUGGUCUCACCCCACACAGAUGAAUUUUUAGAUCUUCUUGCUAGCUCUCAGAGUAGACGUCUAGAUGAUCAGCGAGCCAGUGCCAGCAAUUUACCAGGAUUUCAUCUUAAUCAGCAUAAUAGUCAGUCAGUCCUUAGCCGCUUAAUGGCCAGCAAUAAUAGUGAACCAGAUGAUGACUUCUUUGACAUUUUAAUAAAAUGCCAGGGCUCUAGAUUAGAUGAUCAGAGAUGUGCACCACCACCAAACAUCACAAAAGGACCAACUGUACCUGAUGAAGAUUUCUUUAGCCUUAUUUUGAGAUCACAGGGAAAGAGAAUGGAUGAACAGAGAGUCUUUCUACCCUCUGGUUUGAAGAGGCCAAAUUCUAGUUAAUGGGCUUCUUCAAGAACACACUGAAGAAGAGAAAAGGAAUUGUGAAUGCGGGAAACAAUGCCUUUAAGGGAAAGAUAUAAAAAUAAUUUGGGUUAUGAAGAAUAUUGUGUAAAUUUACAUAAAUUAUGGUACAGUCAUUGCUGCCACAGUUGAAAUAAGGUGUCUAACAAUGUUUGUAAAAUGUAUGCUGUAUAGGGCAGUCUCUCUCUCUGUAAAUAUACUACCUUUGUUUCUUAAUGGUUUAAUGUUUAAGGUACUUUUGACAUAAAGUCAUGAAAAAAUUUCCAGCUAAAAUUAUGUAAUUAAAUAGGAAAACUGUAGACUUAAUCUCAAUAGUUUUUCUAAUAUCUAAAAAUAUAAAAGGUUCUAAAAUAAUUGACAAGUAUUAUGCUUUUUAAAAAAACAC